AUGUCUUCCGACGGCGAGUACGCUGAGCUUGUAGAACCUUACAACCUACGUCUUCCCUACACUCCUGCGGUUGUCGUACUUCCUACUACAAACCAGCACGUGCAAGACGCUGUUGUCUGCGCUGGUCAAGGUGGUUUGAAGGUUCAGGCUAAAUCUGGCGGUCACUCAUACGCUAACUUUGGAAAUGGUGGCAAAGACGGUUCGAUGACAAUCAAUCUCCAGUCCCUCCAGACUAUUCAGCUGGACAAGGCUAGUGGCGUGGCCACAGUCGGUGGUGGCGUUCGAUUGGGCAACCUUGCAGACGGCAUCUUCACCCAGGGCAAGGCUGCUGUUUCUCACGGCACAUGCCCAGGUGUCGGUAUCGGUGGACACUACACCCACGGUGGUUACGGUCCCACCUCUCGCAACUACGGCCUCGCUAUGGACCAGAUCAUCGCUGCAGACGUUGUUCUCGCCAAUGGCACGCUCAUCAAAGCUUCCCAGACCCAGAACUCUGAAAUAUUCUGGGCUAUUCGAGGAGCAGCAGAGUUCUUCGGAAUUGUGACCACUUUCUACCUUCAGACACGCGCUGCCCCAGACAGCAUUACUUACUUCUCAUUCGCGAUCACCAGCGUCUGGAACUCCCAGACCACGUUCACCAACUCUUUUCUCCACAUCCAGGACGUCGCUACCAACGCUUCUGUUGUCGACAACCGCGUCUCCUUUGGCAUUUACCUCGACGGCUACAACACCUUCAGUCUCAGCGGUGCUUUCUUUGGCAGUGUGACUGAGUUCAACACCAAGAUCAAGCCCGAGUUGCUCCGCAGUCUGCCAGCACCAACAACUAGCACCGUAAAGUCCUACAGCUGGUACGACUACCUUGUCCUCGAAUCCGGCGAUAGCACCAUCAAGACACCCACAACCGGCUACGACGAGCACGAGAACUUCUUCGCCAAAUCCCUCACAGUUCCCGAGCGCGACGGCCUCACCGCAAGCGCACUCAACGCCUUCUACAGCUACAUCAAGCGCGGCACUUCUGUUGAUUUCUACGUCAUCAUCAAUCUCUACGGCGGCCCUGGAUCUGCCAUCAACUCCAAGGACACGAACUUUGCGGCAUACAGCGAUCGUGAUAGUCUUUGGGUGUUCCAGAACUGGGGGUACAGCGGGGCUGGGGAUGCUGUGUCGUUCAUUAAUGGUUUGAACAGCGCUAUCACGACUGCGCAACCCCAGACGGCUUUUGGCGCGUAUUUGAACUACGUGGACCCCAGUCUGGAUGUGGCUACGGCGCAUAAAUUGUACUAUGGAGACGCGCUGUAUGCGAGGUUGGCGGCGCUGAAGAAGACGGUGGACCCUGGGAAUGUUUUCUGGAACCCGCUGGGUAUCAGUGUUUAA